UGGACAUUCAUGAAGAGCGCCAUCUCUUGUUCGGAAGAGGAAAGCACUUAUGUCGUCUUGUUCAAAAUCUGCGAUGUUUUUGUCAAGUGGGAUCCUUUCCGGUGAAAUCUUAUUGGUAGAGUGAUUUGUUAGUGUUUGAACUGAUGAAGUUUUGAUUUCAUUUAUGUUUGUGCUUUACAUUUGUCAGCUUAUUUCCGUAUACAGUGCGAUGCAGGACGGAGCCGUCGGAGGUACCACAUCACUCAGUCACCGGUGAACGCGUAUUUCACGAAGUCGCUCAAACUCGAACUUCGUCAGCUACAAUUUGAGUGACACAACAAGUCAACAGAUCGAAGUGAAACUCGAAGAACUAAAAAAUAAGUCAAACAAAAUUAUAAUGGCAGAUCUUUCCUGUACACCAAGUUCAAGGCGUCGUCGAGAUAUGUACAAGAAGACAACUCCAUCAUGGAAAGAUGCUUACAGAAAGAGGUGCUUUGACAGGCUACGUGGGAGCCGGGAGACCCUCCUGCAAAGGUUCCGAGGAACCUCACCAUGUUCUUCACCGUCUACCUUGAGCCCAUGCUCCAGGAUCAGCAGCAGCCCGGGAAGUCCCAGUCUGAUGGUUGCAAGGGUCAUGGAGGAGGAAUGGCGGCAACUGAGAAUGGAGGAUCCUUCUUUUGGGCUCAUAGAGGAAGAACUAGACUUGAGAGAGGAGCUUCAGGAAGAACUCAUAAAAGAAGAGAUGAGCAUGAUAACCGAGUAUGAAGCAAGUUUGAGACUGGAGGAAGAGCAGUUACAAGCUACUGUAGAUCAUUUUACCGAAGGAUCUGUCGUCUGCCCCCUCUGCCAAAGAAACUGGUUGUUGAUAAACCAAGGCAUCAUAUUUUGUUCCUGUGGGUUAAGAAUUGACACGGCUCAAGACAGUCUCAAUCUAGAGAACGUAGGGCAGAGUCUGGAGCUAGGUGUCAGUCAACACAGCGCCCUCUGUCCAGUAACGCCGGUCUUUGCUCUGAUGGACCUUGAAGGAUUACACAACCUUGUCAUGUCUUGUGAGUCCUGUGGAUUUCUUCACAUUGUUAUAUAAAGCUUCUUGAUGGGAACGGAGAAGUCACCUGCAGCUGAGAAUGCAAUUCACUGAGAACCAGAAGGGCUGUUGACUGUUGCUAUUAAGCUAACACUUUUCAUUUACAAUUUGCAAUUUUCGAGGAAUGAAUUACGGGAUAAGUGAGAAAUUAUCAGCUGUCUUUACAGUGAUACGGCAUAUGAUACUGCAAAAUUUGCUCUGGUCUAAGGGCAAAGGGUUGGAGUUAGGAUUGUGAUAGAGUUUUUUGUUCAGAAUAAUGUGAAGAUAAGGAUUAGGGUUUUAGUUUUUGAGGUUAGUUUUUAGGGGUUUGUCUUAACGUGCAGAUUUUCGAUCGGAGCAAUUGUCGCUAGAGAAAAUUUCAUGGAACAGUCUUUAUAGGCUUGUUCACAGAUGGAACAAGGUACUGAUGUAUGUAUACAAAUUCAAUGGGAUGUGAGGCAAGAAAAAAGUGCUGUCCGUCACGAACACACCUCGGGCUCAUUGUCACCCAGGAGAGCUGUGAACCAAACAUUAGCAAUUAGAAUCCAUUUGUCCUACUUUUGUGGGGUAUGACAAGUUUAUUUCCCUAAUUGCAAAUUUAAUUUAAUGAGGUACAGCGUCACACUUUAUUGACUCUUUCCCCUUUCAAUCUGACAAUCCAUAAUUCUUAAGAUUACAUGUCAUUCAUAUAUGAGCAGAAAUAGAAAUAAUAAUCCUUAUUUUCCAUAUUUUUCAGUGCAGUAUACGUUUCUUAAAAUCCCUCAUAAGAGUGAUUUCAUUGAAGGUAAUCACUCUGUGUGUAUGUUGGUGAUGCAUUAAACUUUUAUUAAUCUGUUUUCUUGAUGCAAAUUCAUCAUAUUUUCUCUCAAAUUUGGAAGAAUUUGUUUUCAUGAUCGUGUUAAGUGCAAUUUUUUCUUUCAUAGCAUGUCGGAUUAGAAAAUGAAAUUAAUAAAUGUAAUUUAGCAAAGGAAUGCUCAUUACUGCAAUUGCGAGGAAAUUCUUCUGCUGUGGUAAUAUGACAAAGUUUGUUGCAGAUUAUUGAUUUGACUGAAAUAUUUUUUAUUACAAAGUCAAACUCGAGGAACUGCAGUGAGCAAUGAUUUCAAGAAAAAUCUUUAAAUAACAUGAAUUUCAACAUCAACCUAGAUCUACAUGUGUAGAUUUAGCAUGUCCCGACAUGGAUUGAGCAAAUAAAAACAUUUUGGAAGAAAGAAACGCUGGCUGAGAUUUAAUUAUGAUUCCUGUGGCUAUCAUCCAACAAUCAGAUAGUUUAGUAGCCAACGUGUUUACACCCUUCUGGCUUUUGUGAUGUAUCUUGUGUAUAAAUGUGAGUAAUCAUUAGACAGGUUUUGUCACAUGUAUUUAUAUCUAGCAGCAGUGCACAUUUUAGAAACAGUACUACAUGUAAAUAAUAAAGCAAUGCAACUUUUUUUUGAAGUGGUAGGGAGAGAAAGAUGUAAAAUGAUUAUGGUAUUGCUCCCAAAUGUUGAAUUUUAAAUGCAUAUAACAUUUAUGCCAAUAGGCAAAAUGAUUCUUUACAUGUGAAUCAGUUUACUGUGUAUACACAUCGACUGCAUGCAUGUUUUGUAAAAUCCAUUAGUCCAUGAUGAACGAACACAUGUAUUUUAGGCUUUGUGAAGUUUAGGACUUCAUGUUUUAUAUAUUUCGGAUUGUGUAUUAGAAUGAUUUCAGAAUAAGAUUGUCCCCCAUAAUAAUAUUGUCCCCCCCCCCAUAUGAAUGGAUGACAAUGUUCACAUACUAUUCAUUCUUCAGCUAAGGCUAAAAAAACAUUGCUUGCUGUAUGAAAGAGGGGGAAAAUAGGGUCUGUUUGUCUAUUUUCCUUUUUAAAGAUCUAGUGUUAGGCAUGAUGGGAAAGAGCUCCUAAAUCGUUCGAUUAUGGAGAUCGAAGGUUGUUUGGGCACAAGUGUCCUUUCGUUACAAUGUGGACAAUGUUCUACCGCCAGUAUUCAUUUGUUUUUUAUGUGGAAAAAAUGUAUGAGAAUUAGUGUCGGUCGGCACACUCUUUUUUGUUGACAAAUUUGAAUGAAAAUUUGUUUGCAGGUGUAACUAGGGUUAUGGCAAUCAAUUUUCCACCCUCAAUACUGACUAAUAUUUCAUGUUCAGUGACUAGGGAGAAAGAAUUCGAUCUGGCAUGACACUUUUCUUUGGACCCUAGCAAGUUUGGAUUAAGUUGUGAUAUAAAUGGGGUGGAUUUUUUUUAAAUCUUCAUGUAUGUCUGAAAGGCUUAAACCUUCAAGUCUUCCAUAUUACUUUUCACAAAAUCAUGAAAGAAGAUGGGGUUGUCCAGUAUUGUUUUCAGUGUCGCAAUGUUCCAAUGCAAAAAAAACAAAACAAAAACAUAUGCUCAAACUAACUUGCGAUCUGCAGGUAAAUAAAAUCUUGUAAAUGUGUAUAUUAAGCAAUUUAUUUCUUCUGUAAAAUUCCUAUUACUGAGGGAAAAUACGCCAUGUCUGGGAUUCGAACCCACAAUCCACCAGACCACGAUGCGUCUACUCAGGUUGAAAUCAAAUGUAAAUUCUUAUUAACAAGCAUCUCUCUGAAUGUGAAGUUUAUUUUUUAUUACAACAAGGCUCAGCACCAUUCUUAGUGCUCAGAUACUACAAGAGCAAUAGCCAACAAAUGUUAAUGUUAAAGCGCCAUGAGCACCGAAAUGUGGACCUGUGCGCUAUAUAAGUAGCCACCAUUAAUAUUAUUAUUUUAUUAUUAUUAUUAUUAAUAAAUGUGCCUUAUUACUUCAACUCUCAGAAUAGCCCAGUUGCAUGGACAGAAUCACAUGAUUUCACCAAGAUGUCAUGAGCUAAUCUGUAUGUGUAACUUGACUCAAAACUCUUUUUUUUAAUGUGACUUUUUUUUGGUGCUUGCUCUUUAUAAAACCCAAUUGUUCAAGCUCUUUGUAAUCAGGCAAUGAGAAAAAUCUCUUGCCAAUUUUUUAUUAUAUGCCCGUCCUAGACGGGACGUAUUAUGGUAUCACACUCGGUGUCUGUCCGUCCAUUUACUUUUCCUUGUAAACGCGAUAACUUCAGUUUGACUUAACCUAUGCUCAUAUAAUUUGGUGUGUAUGUUACUAGCAUAGAUCCCAGCAAUUCUAUUGAUUUUGAGGUCAGAAGGUCAAAGGUGAAGUCGCCACCUUCCACUUUUCUUGCUUGACCAAUAACUCCAUUUUCCACGUUACAGGCGGGCGUAUUAUGUGCUCGUCUUAGUGACACUCUUGUACAAUAUGUACAUGGAACGUUGCUUGAGCUUCUUUAUGUUAAUCGUUGUGGAGCUGUGUCUGAAUGAGUUCCAGUAUAUGAGUUUGUUUUAACUUAGAGCACACAAACCCAAGAGUGUAUGUCUAUGAUCUUGUGUACUAAAAAUAGUUAUAUUGUUAGAAAAAUUAUGAUUUUUAUGUAAAUCCAAAGUAUAAUUUGAUAUGACUUAUUAUGUUUGUUUCAAUUAAAAGAGUAUUUUUGUAUGCGGAAGAAGAAA